UUCACAUUCGAAGCCGGUUUGCUUAUGACUAUGUUGUAGGGGCAUCUCACUCCUCGGGCCUGCUCGAAUGCAUCUCUUUUAUAUGGCUUUUCUAUCCUAUCCGAAUAACACAACAUCUCUGCCCCGACGCUCCAAAACACCAAACAGCUCAACCCAAGACGUCCAUAUACCGAACUUCAAGUCAUCUUAAGAGCGGCGGACUUCCCACUUGACAUCAUUGAUGCUCACUUCCUCGUUAGACUUCUCGUCAUAUUCGAACCACUCGCCCUCCUCCAAGUCGAUACCAGUGAACUUGGUCCCCGUCUCGGCGCCUUCGGCCAACCAUUCACCCUAACAGUUCGUUAAUAUGCUCUCCAACUAUUUGGUUUUUCACAUACCUCAGCCUUGAACUCAGUGAACUCGAGACCUCUGCAGUCGAACUCGAGGAUCUUUUGAGGCUUGGCUGGUUCAGUUUGCUCAUAAGGAAAAGGUCCAGCCUUGACAGAGGCUGACGACUCUCGCUUUGCAUAAUAUUAGUAAGAUGAAAAUAACUCGAUAUCAAAUAACUUACCUUGCAGUUCUUGCACUUCCAUACAAAGUUGGCCUCUCCUCGACUUCCACUCAUCUCAUUGGUCUCCUUCAUAAGGUAUUAGUAUACCGUUUUCAACCCUGGCGAGCCGUUACGUACAAACCGGUUGACUCCAACAUGGUUUGCAUGAGUCUCUCGACAAGAAGUACACUGAACCUUGAACAUGUACCAAAAAGGGUUGUCUUGAGUGUCGUCGGGGCGCAAGUUUGUGACCCUGUCAUAUUGGAAUUGCCCCUCACGUCAGUAAAGCUCGUUUGAGUUGGUAAAAAGCUUUUGGUACAUACCCUUGCAAGUCAGCUGUGAGAUAUAGAGCAAACAUGUUGUGAAAUGCGAAAAGGAGCCGAGUUGAUAGGUUUUGUAGAUGGGUAUGAAAUUCUCUGACGUUGGAGGCUUCAGAAGCAAAAUACAGCCGUUUCAAAGAGCUCCGGCGUCGAUGAACACCUAGUGGGAUGUGGUGGGGUGUGACGAUAGCGCAUUCCAGGUGCACCCGCGGUAACCCCCACGUGACUUCAAUAAUCGAAUGAUCUGUGACUGGCCAAUUUCUUGAUUGAUGAUGGCUCCAUGAAACACCUAAACACCUCAAUUGAACGAUUGCCGACAGCAACGACUCUCAAUCGCUUCAGAGCGAUGUCCUGAGCUUCAGACCGCCACCUAAAAUGCAGGCUUUGUGGUCGAGGGCCGGCCAGGUCCAUCGCUGCGGAUGUCGCGCCUGCGAAUCCGUCGUGAGCUCUCUCGGCCGGCGAGUGACUACCGCGGCUCGACCACGAAAAGUCACCUUUGCCGAUAUCUUCACAGCAUGCUACAGCUCCAUGUUUGCGACUGCAGCCAUUGUUGAUGCCGUACGAAAGGAGGACCGAAGGCAGGAAUUGGACCGGCAAUUGGAGGAGACGAGGCGUGAAUUGGCACAGCUGCAACUCCGGAACCUCGAAGCAAGCCAGACGACGAAUGGCCUUGACUCGGCCCAGAACGAGGUGACUCUACACCAGAUGGAUCAAUUAUGGGGGGCCAUCAAGAGUCUGUACACAAACCGACCAUAUAUGAAGGAGAUUUACAGACCUGCUACCAUCCGAAUCGACGAAUUCUUGAACCGAGCACAUACCGAGGAAUACGAGUGCCCCGACCAAACAACGAUGGAUGCUCUUAGGCGUACGGACUACAACCACCUUGAGCAAGAGAUCAUCCGCGAAGAAACAGACGUUAGCAUCCGUCAAAGGAGCCCGUUGAAUACCAAACAGCUCCACAACGCCGGACGAACGCUCAGCCAUCUCGUUCAACAAUUACUCAAACGCGCCAAUGCCCAUGACAAGUCGGAUAUGCCGAGCCCCAGCUUCGACGAAGCCAUGCAACUGGCAAAUGACAAGACUUCUUUCAGAUAUCUCGUGGAGAAUGAUCCUGAGAGAGUGAUAAAGAACCGGGUCGAUCUGAACUCUGAUCUCCGCAAAGUCGUUGGCUCAUCACUGAGCCUCAAGGAGAAGGUGGGUAGAGUGUGUUAUAAUCUGCUUGUAUCUGCAUAUCCAGCCGAUAUGCACACGUACAACACGUUGAUCGUUGCUUUUGAUAAGCAUGGUUACAAGUAUCUAUCAGAGCCAGUGGUCAACUCCUUCUACUACUACCGCCGACUAAGACCAACUCCAUCAACAUUUGUGGCCAUCUUGAAUCACUACAAAAAUUCAGGCAACCAUGGCCGCUUCUUGCGCAGUCUUGCAAGUCUCGCUGGUCUCGAUGGCGAGACAGGUGCCAAACUGAGACGAAGACUGGUGGACGAAACAUAUGAUGGAGCAGUUGACGAAAGGCGCAAGAGAUACAAGGUUCAGACAUGGACCCAGACGGGCGACUACUUCUGGGAACAUGCGCCACUGGACAAGCCUCUCAUCGAGGCUGCUAUUCAAGGUCUCUUACACAUGAAGCUCUUUGAUCAGGCUGCUGAGUUUUUCGUGACGUGCAUGAAGGCCAGGGUUGUGCUCAGCACGCAUGUAAUCAGGCAGUUGUUUGAUGAGUGUAUAGUGGCUCUUGACUGGAGAUCUGCUGUGCGCCUCAUCCAAGGUUUCACUGACUGUGCAGUUACAUGGCCUUCGAUGCUUCUUGGAAGGGAUCAAGACACUUCUUGCCUGAUCAGUCGGGUGCGUAUUCUUCUCGACCUAGCUGGUCUUCAAGAUGCAAGCGGCGAAGUGCCCAAAUCUACCCUCGACAAUUUGUCUAUAUCACAUUACCGUUUCUGCAAGUUCCUGUGUGAUCUGGCAAGCGCAGACUUGACAUCUCAAAUCGAUAUGCAAGGGUCAAGUGCACAGACUCGGGAUUCGGCUUCAGACCCUGUCAGCGCCUCAAAACGAAGACUACUCCAGAUCGAAGCGCUUUGGAAAGAACAAGACUCGGUUGAAAAGACGACACGCUCUAUCGAGAGCAAACUACUCUAUCCUGAUUUUUCACCUGAGUUUCGCAUGUCAAUGGCCUUCCACAUUGGAAACGCCGCGGCGGAUCAAACAGUGGAGUUGGAUGGGGAGAUCAUGGAAGUUAUGUCACAGCUUCCUCUUUCAGAACGAGUGGAGAGAGGAAUUACGGAAUGCAAGUCCUUUCAAGAUUCGAAUAUUAGCCGCGCUGAGAGCGGCAAUAUCAUUGAGGAGGUGCAAGAAUUAAGGCAAGAUACAUCAGAGGGGCAAGGUAAGGAACAAGCCGGGAGGCUUUUACGAGAUGAGGAGCUGGAUAUAAUCUCGGCUCAAAAGGCGAUACCGGUUAAGCGGAUGAAUGCGAAUGCAGCAGAGCGCACUCUUAGAGCAAGGCCAAUGCGGCUAACGGCAUGGCCUGUGACGGAGCAGCAAGUUGGCUAUUUGCAGAGGGCGAGUUUUGGUUAGGAAUUGAAAGCGAUGAGCCGCAUGUAACAUACUUUUGAUUGUCUGACUUACAUGUUUUCCUUUUGUGUGUUGUAUUGUACUGCACCAGCAUAUCAGAACCUGCAUCAGCAUAGAACAUGAAUUAUAAACGUACCAAGACUUUAUCAGCAAGACGUACUUUUUGAGAAGCUUAUCAUUCCCA